GUGAGUGAAUACACGACACUGUAGUACGAUCGCGGUUUCCGUCAUUUGAUCGGUUUGUUUCCAAGUUCAUUUGCAUACGAUGUUGGGCGGGAUGUCUGCCAAUAGCUGACCUUAUUUGUCCGAGGUUUAGAUGGCGCCUCCAGUCUCGUUUUGAGGUAGCCGUCUGCUAGUCGUGGCUACGUCGAACCGGUUCUCUCCUCCAGUCACUCUCUCUCACUCCGGCUUUGCCGCUACCGAGUGGCUCUGAUUGCGUGUUAGUUAGUCUCGUGUGUCUUCUCUUCCGACGAGCCAGGGGCCUUGAAACUCUCUCUCGUUCGCUCUCGGAAUCAGUGGGGAUUUGUACUAGAUCAUUCAAGGAAAAAGAAAAAGUCAAUCAGCCCUGAUUUGUUGACAGUUGCGUUAGAGAGAGAGCCCAAGUUGUAAUUGUUUUCCAAACCAUUUCAUCGCUUCAGAUUUUCAACGUUGGUCGUCAUCAAUACGCAGCACGCACACUUCCAUGGAUAUCUACGAUCUACCUCAUUCUCCAGCCAUCGAAGAGCGAUGCGCGGAACUGAUCCUGACGGACGAGAAGCUUCGCGAGGUUUGCCAACGAUUGCUGGUCGAGAUCAAUCGAGGACUUAAUAAGGAUACCAAUAAAGAAGCCACUGUCAAAUGCUUCCCCACGUACGUGAGGGAACUCCCCAACGGCGAAGAAUGCGGAAAGUUCUUGGCGCUCGAUUUAGGCGGAACCAACUUUCGUGUUCUGCUCAUCGAUCUUGGACCUCACAUCUUUCACAUGGAGUCGAAAAUCUUUGCUGUGCCCCAGAGUAUCAUGCUUGGUCCUGGAACUGGGUUGUUCGACCAUAUCGCCGAAUGCUUAGCCACAUUCAUGCACGAGAACCAAGUCGACGUGUCUCCAUUGCCUCUGGGUUUCACCUUCAGUUUUCCGUGUAGUCAGGAAGGCUUAACCAAGGCCCGGUUGGCCACCUGGACUAAAGGGUUCAAAUGUUCUGGCGUUGAAGGCGAAGAUGUUGUGAAACUUCUCCAGGAGGCUAUCGCCCGACGGGGUGAUAUCAAAAUCGACGUGAUGGCUGUCCUUAACGAUACGACGGGCACUUUAAUGGCUUGUGCCUGGAAGAAUCCCGCGUGCCGGAUCGGUCUCAUUCUCGGCACAGGGAUCAAUGCGUGCUACGUCGAACGAUUAGACAACGUACAACUAUGGGAUGAAGAUCACGAUGAUCCUAAACAAGUCGUCAUUAACACGGAAUUGGGUGCUUUUGGAGAUAAUGGAACGCUCGAAUUCAUCCGAACCGAGUACGAUCGGACCAUCGACCAGCAUUCGCUUAAUCCCGGACGGCAAUUAUUCGAGAAGAUGAUCUCCGGCAUGUACAUGGGAGAGGUGACUCGUCUUGUUUUAGCUCAGCUGACACGAGAAGGACUGCUCUUUGAUGGAAUGGGUCCAGAAACGUUAUUCGAGCCGGGCCAGUUUUUCACGAAAUAUGUCUCUGAAAUCGAGAGCGACAAGAAGGGUGAAUACACGUGCUGUCGCCAGGUGCUGGAAGAGUUGGGCUACGACGAUGCCACAGACGAGGAUUGCGCCAAUGUGCGCUUCAUCUGUGAGGCCGUCUCUCGGCGAGCGGCUCAUAUUGCUGCCGCUGCCGUGGCAUGCCUUCUAAAUAAAAUGGGACAAAAGCACGUGACGGUGGCCGUUGAUGGCUCCCUUUACCGCUUCCACCCUCACUUCCAUGAUCUGAUGGUCGAAAAGAUCCGACAGCUCAUCAAUCCAGGCCUAACGUUCGAUUUGAUGUUGUCGGAAGACGGAAGUGGUCGAGGUGCUGCACUGGUGGCUGCUGUGGCCGUUCGAAUAGGUGGCUUGGCUGCUAGGUGAAUUCUUGCCAACAUCUUUUAGUUUUUUCUUCCUUUUUACCCUAUAUCCCCUCCUCCCUUACCUGUAGUGGCCAUUGGAAUACCCUGUGACAGCGGUUUUAAAAAAAUCUUUUCAAAAUCAACACAAACGGAAACGGGAAAAAAUGCGUCAUCCGCGCGAAGAAGUCGAUUAUUCUUGACUAACAAUAAUAAGAGAGAAUAUUUCUCAAACAAACUCACACAUCUAGCGCUCCCCCUUUCACGCAAUCAGUACAUAAAAAUAGCAUCUUGAAUAUAGAUAUGUAAUUUUAACAAUUUCCUUCCCGCCCCCUAUCCAUACGUAAUACGUAUGAAUGGAUGGUAGAUAGUAAUAGUAGAUAAUAGUAAUAAUAGAUUUUGUUUUUAAAUAAGAAGGGGAAAUUAAAUUUUUAUCAACGCAGGCAAUAUUGGCGACAAUACAAAUCUGCGAUCUUUUUUUUUUUUUUUUUUUUUACAAAGUGUCUAUAUGCCCCUAGAGAUCAUUAGGUUCUUCAUUGAUCCUCCUCUUCAUAUUCCUUUUUUCCUCCAUCAGGAUAUUUUUCCUUGUGUUUUCAAUAACUCGGGUUAUGGUUUCUUGUAUUUCCAUAUCUCUUUCAUCUUCAUUUGAGAAUGUUUUUCCCCCUCCUAAAUCUUCUUUUAUCCAUUUCUGUUCUCCUUUUUUUUUUUUGUGUUAUGUCCAUUCUCCUUCUCAACUGUCCCUCUCUUUUUGUACACAUUCUUCACGGGAGGACUUCUCCUCUUUUGGGCGAAUGGCCUGUGUGUGACACGACGAAGCGGCUCGAAAUCAUUUGUCGAUUUUGGUCAAACCACGGAAAUGAAGGGUCUUGAAAAGCACAAUAGUUUUAUCAGCAUGAAUAGUUGAAGAAGGCAAAAACCAAGUUGUAGUCGUAGAUCACGAAGCCGGAAGACUAUUGUAUUAUACGUAACAACCAUAACAAUAAAGAAAAAUAAAGUCUCAGAAGAGAAGACCUUUGAUCGGUAACAGAAAUCGAAAGCAAAAGAAAGAACUCCUGUCCCUCUGUAUUUGAAAAAAGAAAAAAAAAUUUAAAAAAGAUUACCAUGUAAUUGACACCCCUGUCCGCUCUUGGCUGUCCUGUCCAAGAGAUUCCCAUAUGGUUGUUGGCAGUGUAUAAUCUAAUGAGAAUAUGCUGUACUGUAAAAGAUAAAAAAAUUUGAUAAUGGAACGUAAGUCUAAUUGACGCUCGAGCCUUAUGGGAAAAGCAACGAUCGAUGUCGAUCGAGACGUGUAAAAACACAACAAAAAAAAAGGAAUUAACAUAUGCUAUCAGAAAAAAAGGUAGUAUUUCCGCUACUCUAUCUCGCUUUCUCUACCCAUUUUUAAUCUUUUUAGCCCUACGUGUAGACCGUAACACAAUAAUCGAAAACUUAGCCGCAUAGUUACAGAAUGUUAUCCAUGGAAAUAAUCCCAUCAACUCCUUCCGCACCUUGGCGUCAUUUGGAUCAGAUGCAUCUUCCCCGUUCCCUCCUGCUGUUUUAUUGUUAAUUUUUUUUUUUGAAAUUUCACUACUCGUUCUCCAUUUUGAAAUUGUUGGUAGUGGUCGCCCAUGCGCGCCGAUGUAUAGCUCUCGUUGAUGAUGCAAAGAGGAAAAUAUGAAAAAGAAAUAUAGAGAAUGAGACAUGACAGUUUCUCAUCGCCAAUGAAAAAUUGGCACACUUGA